CAUUUGUAAAGGAUUUGAAUUCAUUAAAAGAAAGUGUAAAUAAUUUGCCUGUUGAAACAGUAAAUAGUCUGAAUGAAAUCUCAAAUGAUCUGGUAGUGGUCAUGGAACAAUUAAAUGAUCCAGGACCAUAUCAUGAAUUAGCAAACAAGGCGGCUGAGCUUAUUAUCAGUGGUAAUAAUGUUAUUUCAGAAGUUUGGCGCGUCGUUGAACAAUUAUAA